UCUGAGUGUUUUCAGUACCGAAUGUGACAGUGAAAACGUAUGACAUCCUCGCUUAAGGAAGAAACGAUGCCGUCGAAAGACGACGACACUAGUAAUUCUGUUGGAAGCCCGGAUGUUGACAGUCCAAAUUCUAGAAAGUCUAGGCAAAAACGAGGACACAGCGGAGUCAAUCAGUUAGGCGGUGUUUUUGUUAAUGGCCGCCCCCUUCCCGAUUCCACAAGACAAAGAAUUGUAGAACUUGCCCACAGUGGAGCUAGACCAUGUGACAUUUCUCGCAUCCUGCAGGUUUCCAACGGUUGUGUGAGCAAAAUUCUAGGACGUUACUAUGAGACGGGAUCCAUUCGACCGCGUGCCAUUGGUGGAAGCAAACCGCGAGUCGCCACACCGGAAGUUGUUGGAAAAAUUGCUCACUACAAAAGAGAGUGUCCUUCUAUAUUUGCUUGGGAAAUACGUGAUCGUCUUUUGUCUGAGGGUUGCUGCAAUCAGGAUAAUAUCCCAAGUAUCUCCUCAGUGAACCUGGUGCUUCGAAAUCUUGCAAAAGAAGACCAGGUUUCUUCCAUUAACCGUGUGCUACGAAAUCUUGCCAGCGAGAAUCAGAAGGUGAUGGGACAGGGUGCAAUGUAUGACAAGUUAGGCCUAUUGAAUGGACAGAAUUGGCCCCGAACUAACCCCUGGUAUGCCACGAACAUGGGCGUGCCAGGUCUCCCUCCCUCCGCCUAUACUACCCACCAACCAGCUCCUCCCCUCGGAAUGGAUAAGAAAAAUAAUGAUGGCUCGGGUUCAGAAAGCAACCAGAGUGAGGGUCAAAACAAUGAAACAGACGAGCAGCUUAGAAUGCGUCUAAAGCGCAAACUCCAGAGAAACCGAACAUCAUUCUCUGCAGCUCAGAUCGAAGCUCUAGAAAAAGAAUUUGAGCGAACUCAUUACCCGGAUGUAUUCGCAAGAGAAAGGCUGUCACAAAAAAUUGAUCUCCCAGAAGCACGUAUACAGGUAUGGUUUUCAAAUAGGAGAGCAAAGUGGCGACGAGAAGAAAAGUUACGGAACCAGAGAAGGGAUGUAGCGAAUGGAGCUACCCGACUACCAAUCAACGGAGGCUUCUCAAACGGAAUGUAUCCCACAAUCCACCAACAAAUAGGAACAAUGGCCGACUCUUACAGCUCAAUGCCGACCAUGCCUUCCUAUUCCUUGUCCAGCAAUAAUAUCCCAGCCAAUCCAGCAUGUCUACAGUCAAGCAACGCAACUUCUUACUCAUGUAUGAUACCAGAAUACGCACCUCGAAGUUACGAUCCAUUAUCACUAAGCAACUACUCCCGUCCAUCUUGUAACCCCGCAGCAGGCAUGCAGGGUCACAUGACCCACAAUAACCACGCAUCAGCGGCCUCUACUGGACUGAUUUCUCCGGGUGUGUCAGUUCCUAUUCAAGUACCAGGUGGGGGACCACCAGAUAUGAGUGCGCAUCACAUGGGUGCAAUGGCGUCACAGUACUGGCGAGGACUGCAAUGACGUCACGAUUAGAGUUUCAUCAAAAAUGGUGUCUAUAGACAUGACGAUCAAAUCAACAUGGCAAAAGCUCUUAAGUGAUACUGAUAAAUGGCUUGAUCAAUUUGCAAAGGAAGUGGUUGAACUAAAUUGCUUUUUGAAGCAGUGAAGUAACAAUCUGUAAGAGAAGGAAACGCCAUGUUUUCUCGUUUGCCAGUAAAGUUAGUGCUCAGGAAAUCCCCAUAUAGUUAGUGACUAGUCAGUGCUCAAUGUUGCAGCCUCUGAAAUCCACUCCUCAGCUACCGCACAAGAGACAUCGUUUACACAUCAGACAUUCCUUCAUAUCGUAAUCGUUGUUAAUUUAUCUCUUCUUUUACAAAUGCUCUAUAUAUUUGUAAAUGUAUGUAUAUCCUUUAAUAUGUAACCAUUAUGUGUACUUGUUCAUGAAAGACAAUAGUGUUGU